GGGGAGAUCGAUCGAAAUAUUCCACUCGAAUAAAAAGUUGAUAUCGACAUCAUCGACGUCAUCAAUGACAUUCCACAACUCACAUCCUUGGGUCUCCACAAGGCUCUUCUAGUCAGCUAGUAAGACUAGAACGGUGGCCAUGACUUCGACGUCGAUGUCGACCCCGGCUGGGCUGGUGCAAGGUCGCGGAGACGAAGUCGAGGACGUCGCCGAUCGGACCUCGACCUCUGGUUCAGGUUCGAGUUUGGGGACCAAGUUGAUGGCUAGUACGACGGGUGCGAUCAUGACGGCGUCCUUAAUGACCCCGUUCGACGUACUCAAGACGAGAAUGCAAACGGCCUCACAAAUAUCUCUUCCCUCGAGCUCCACCGUUCCUCUGACGCACUCCUCAAACCCAACGGCUACUCGGACCAAGAAAUCCCAAGUCAGACUCAAUUUCACUUCUCAACUCAGUCUUAGCCAGAACCACAACUACCUUCGAGCAACCCACGCACACGCACAAGAUUAUCAUCCAUCGUUCCCGUUCACGAACCCUCACCGCCUUACCCUUCCACUUCACCCAACCCCAGCGCAAGUUCAGGGUCAUACGCUUCAUCCGUGUAAUAUCUCUUUAUACGCACCGAGGUUGUCUUUGAUGACGACCUCUACAAGCUCGGGCAUGUCCUUUAUUCCCAACCCGAACAACACCACCUUCAACCUCUCGACAUCACCAACUGCAACGACUAUGAAAACAACAAGAACAACGGCCCUCACCGAACUCUUCACCAUAAUCCAAACCUCCGGCGCUCGUGGACUAUGGAAAGGAACAGGCACGGCCGUGCUCCAAUCGAUCCCUAGCGCUGGGAUAUAUAUGGUCGGGUACGAUUACCUCGUCCGGGGUAUCACUGAGCGGGUCGAAUAUACCCGUGCUCGGUCCGGAGGAAACAGCCGUGGAUACGGCGCUGGGGAAGGGAACAUGAAAAUCAAUAUGAAUACAAGCGGGGGAGAAGGUUGGUUGGACAAAGGAGGGAUCCCCUUCAUAGCCGGUUGUUUGGCGAGGACGGUCAGUGCGACGAUUUGCAGUCCGUUGGAGUUGUUCAGGACGAGGUUGCAAGCUAGACCUUCAGCCGGCCAACCGACCCCAACAUACGCCUCUACCCUAUCUACGAUCCUCCAGACCAUAACCCACUCGGGGCCCUCUUCUCUAUACCGCGGACUAGGUCUAACUCUCCUCAGGGAUGUGCCCUUUUCCGGGUUAUAUUGGGUCGUCUUCGAAGGGUUUAGACGGAGGAUCGUCGAAGGACGGGUUAUGACGAAACAGGAUCUACCCAUCCAUACCCUCGAACCCGGAGCUGGAGCUGGACGAGAUGGACAUGGAGGUGGAGGAAGUGCGCCGGGAGACCGUUCCAAGUUGACCCUCUGGGAGACUUUCACGGCCGGAGCAGGGAGCGGGAUGUUAGCAGCGCUCGUCACCCAGCCUUUCGACGUCUUGAAGACGCGUAAACAAGUCUUCCAACCCCCACCUCUCGGCGUCCCCGCUCUGAACACGGCUACAGGUAUCGCCUUCAAAUCCAAAUUCAAAUUCAACUUCAACCCGACUAUCCCCGCUGUGCCGGAACCCGCCACAAUGUCAAUGUCGAUCCCCCGCCACCUGGUUCAUAUCGUCCGGACCGAAGGGCUCAAGGCGCUCUUCUCCGGCGUAGGACCUCGGACGCUCAAGAUCGCUCCGGCGUGCGGGAUGAUGUUGGGGUGCUACGAGGGCGUGGGGAGGUUUUUCGGGGAGGGCGAGAAGUGAAAGGAGGAUCAAGGGGAAACGUGGUAGACAGGAGGGACGCAAAACUCAAGAGGAAUAAGGCUGGAGGAUAUGGAAGGUAUCGAACUGAGAGCUCGAUGGGAAGAUGGGGAACGCAGAGAAGUAAACGAACCAUAUAGGAAUGACAGGGCAGGAAGGAAGGAGAUGGUGACGGUCAAUUUACGAAUCUUUCCCGGUAGCCUUUUUUACGCUGUUUUUGCCUGACGUCAAGAGAUCAUCUAAUCUACUGUAUCAAAUCUACAUAAUGACAACUGUAUCACCACCUCCUGUAUUAUAUUGUACCUGAUCUUUGAGAUGAACCUUAUGCUAGCUUUACAUUCUGUACGG